CUCGAUAUAUACAAACCCCAUCUCUUCCAUUUGACUUGCUACUCAGCAUCAUUUAUCUGCUGGCCAUCACUUCUUUCCUUUUCAAUAUCCCCUCCUAAUAUCCUCUCCUUUCACUCAUGAUUCAAGUGCUCUGUAGUCGUUAACCAUUUCCACAACCAAACUAGCUCAAGCACACGUACACGAACUAAUUCAGAGGAAGACAGAGACAGACAUGGAAAGAGAGAUGCAGAUCAACAACAGCAUGUUCAUAGAAAAUGACCCAGAAUCAUAUGACAACGUUGGAGAUAUUCGGAAGAACCUUGACGAUGAUGGCCGAAGCAAAAGAACUGGGACAUGGAUAACCGCGAGUGCCCAUAUCAUAACUGCUGUUAUUGGGUCGGGAGUGCUGUCUUUGGCAUGGGCAAUAGCACAGUUGGGUUGGGUUGCCGGACCAGCUGUUCUCACGGCUUUCUCUUUCAUCACCUAUUUCACUUCCACUCUCCUCGCCGACUGCUACAGGUCCCCGGACCCCGUCACCGGCAAGAGAAACUACACCUACAUGGACGUUGUGAGAGCUAAUUUAGGAGGUAGGAAGGUUAUGCUUUGCGGAUUGGCUCAGUAUGGAAAUCUCAUUGGGGUCACCAUCGGUUACACUAUCACAGCAUCUAUUAGCAUGGUGGCUGUAAAGAGGUCAAAUUGUUUCCACAAACAUGGACACCAUGCCAAGUGCCACACAUCAAACUACCCAUUCAUGAUCAUGUAUGCCUGCGUCCAAAUCGUGCUUAGCCAAAUACCAAACUUUCACAAGCUCUCCUGGCUUUCAAUCCUUGCUGCCGUAAUGUCCUUCACCUAUGCAUCUAUAGGCCUCGGCCUCUCCAUAGCCAAAGUUGCUGGUGGGGGACAUGUCCGGACAAGCUUGACGGGGGUGACAGUUGGGGUUGACGUGUCGGGGGAAGAGAAAGUCUGGAGGAGCUUCCAAGCUAUCGGUGACAUUGCUUUCGCUUAUGCUUACUCCACCAUCCUCAUCGAGAUACAGGACACACUGAAAUCAAGGCCAGCUGAGAACAAGGUGAUGAAGAAGGCAAGUCUUGUGGGGGUUUCAACCACAACUAUGUUCUAUGUCUUGUGCGGUUGUGUUGGCUACGCUGCAUUUGGGAAUCGCGCACCCGGAAAUUUCCUCACCGGCUUUGGCUUCUACGAACCUUUUUGGCUCAUCGACUUCGCCAACAUUUGCAUUGUUGUCCAUCUCGUCGGCGCUUACCAGGUCUUUUGCCAGCCUAUAUUUGGCUUUGUGGAGAAGUGGUGCAGAAAACAAUGGCCUGAGAACAAGUUCAUAACAAGCGAGCAUGGCAUCAACAUUCCAUUCUGCGGUGCAUAUUACAUCAACAUCUUCAGGCUGGUGUGGAGAACAGCAUACGUUAUUGUCACUGCAGUGAUAGCCAUGACAUUUCCCUUCUUCAAUGAUUUCUUGGGGCUGCUCGGGGCAGGUUCCUUUUGGCCAUUGACAGUGUACUUCCCCAUUGAAAUGUACAUUGCACAGUCGAAAUUGAAGAAGUUUUCUUUCACAUGGACAUGGCUCAAGAUAUUGAGCUGGGUCUGUUUGAUAAUAUCCAUUGUUGCUGCUGCUGGUUCAGUUCAAGGUCUGGUUCAACAUCUCAAAAUAUACAAGCCUUUCAAAACAGUUCAGGACUAAAAUCUGUUCAAGGAUCUGGGUAUUUUCAGAGCGGAAUUGAAAUAUUUUUGUCUUUUUUUUCAAGUUCAAUAAAAAUUAGCUGUUAGCUAGUCUGUAUUUUACACAUCACUCUGUGCUCUAUCUUAGACUGCUUCUCCAAGGUACUGUACUGUAUUAGGUCGAGAAAAAUAAAGAUUUUACCAGCCUUUUUGUGU